UUGCUGCAAUUUCAUUUCAUAUUGACAAGGAGAUAUCCCCCAACAUGAAGCAUAUUUUCUUAUUAAUUUGCAUCCGUUUGUUCGCUGGUUGUGGUGGUGAUGUUAUAAGAACAAGAAAAGGUAGGACAGACGGUCUGCAAAUCUAAAGUUAAAUCGUUAUCUGCAAUUGAUGAAAUGCGCCAAAGCAACAUUGAACAUUCAGAGUUUUACUAUAUGAAUACAGCACAACCACUACUUGCGAUGAUAUACGUUUGUGUAAUUUUUCAAUUUCUGACUUUCAUCAUUGUUGCAACCAACUUUUUUCUAUAUUUGGCAAGUGUAUACAGUGCGUGUAUUUCUGUCCUGUCUGUAAGGUUAGUGUAGUAUUCCUUCAGUAACUUGUUUCAUAACUUUUUUUUAACUGUCUUAAUUCCGGUAGAAUUAUAUUUUGAAUUAUAUAACCAUAAACAUAAUUUAUGACAGUACUUACUGAUUUAAUCCACGUGUGUUUUGCCAGUAGACAGUUAUUACUCUGACAGGUUUGUGAGCCAUGGAAAUACUUUUUUAUGAGAUCAGUCUCUUUCAUUUUCUGUUUAUGAAAACUCCUGCUUUGCUUCAUAUGGUAAAUGCUUCAGCUACUCAAAUAACUUCUUACCGUCCAUAUUUCCCUUUUUUCGCACCCAGUGUCUUCAGUUUUCUGUACUUUCAAAGAUAAAACGUACAGUCCAGGAGACAGCUGGCAUCCUUAUCUGGAACCCUUUGGAUUAAUGUUUUGUAUGCGGUGUUCCUGCACUAAGGUACUGUACCCAUAGAAUUAGAAUAAGUAAUUAGUCCGUUUUGUCUCAUCUGUAGGUUAGCUUAAUACAAUAUGAAACCACAACACUGUCAUAUAGACUACUGUAUCAAACUGUCUGAAUCUGAGUGAUAUUGGAUUGUAGGCUACUGCAUGCAAAGAGGAUUUAGGCUACUCGCUAUCUAAAAUAUUGGCAGUUGCUUGAAAGGAUUUUGGUGGGAUUUCAAGGUAUGCCUGUAAAACAUGUAACAUUUCCCUCUCUUAGACAGGCCAUGUGAAAUGUAACACAAUUAAGUGUCCUACUCUGCGGUGUGAGAACCCAGUGACUGACUCUCAACAGUGCUGCCCUCGCUGUACAGGUAGGAUCAGACAUUGUCAUACAAUCCAGUAAGAAUAACAUCCUGCUUUGGCACUCACUUACAUAUCUUGUGCUUGCCAUUAUCUCCUCAGAUGAGCCUAGGAUUCCAGCUGGCUUGAGAGCCCCGGUGAAGUCCUGCAGGUAUAAUGGAACUAUCUACCAACCAGGGGAGACCUUUGCCAACCAUGACCUCUUUCCAUCUAGACAAAUCAACCAGUGUGUCAUGUGUACAUGUUCUGUAAGUCACACUCUCCCUUCCUGUAGUUUAUGGUGUUGUUUCUUACAAUGGAGGCUUUGAUGUACAGCUCAUUAUUCUGAGAAUGUAACUGGGAGUUUUUACUCAUGUGUCAUAUCUGAGGACUUAGAUAUGGCAUAGCCAUAAUACUGGAGCUGUUCAUGUAGCUACAAUGCCCUGUGGUAACCAAUGCCACCCUAUUCUGCAACGUCUGUCAUCCCAUCUGUCAUUCCUUCACCUUUUCUUCCUCUGUUGUUUUUAGAAUGGAAAUAUCUUCUGUGCUCUGAAAACAUGCCAGCCACUGACCUGCUCCUCACCACUCUCAGUCCCAGAUACCUGCUGUCUGGUGUGCAAAGGUGAUACCAUUUAUUUCUUACCACAGCAGAUUUUCAUCAUACUUUCUGUUGUUAUUAAAGUAAAUAUCAAAGUAAAUAAGUAUGUAUCCUGUUAAUUUCUCUUUGAUUAGAUGGUGGCAUUUACUCAUCAGUGGAGCAUGGAGGCCAACAGCUGAACCGAGGCGUUGUAUGUAUUUUUCUGUUAAUUCAUUAAUGUCUCUAGUCUUAUAGAUAUGUAAAACCAUCAUAUCCAAAACACCCCACUUACAUUUACAUUUACAUCAUUUAGCAGAUGCUCUUAUCCAGAGCGACAUACAAAUUGGUGCAUUCAACUUAUGAUAGCCAGUGGGACAACCACCUUUUAAAAAUAUGUUAUUUUUUAUUUUUUUAUGGGGGGUGGGGGAAGAAGGAUUACUUUAUACUAUUCCAGGUAUUCCUUAAAGAGGUAGGGUUUCAAGUGUCUCCGGAAGGUGGUCAGUGACUCCGCUGUCCUGGCGUCGUGGGGGAGCUUGUUCCACCAUUGGGGUGCCAGAGCAGCGAAUAGCUUUGACUGGGCUGAGCGGGAACUGUGCUUCCGUAGAGGUAGGGGAGCUAGCAGGCCAGAUGUGGAUGAAUGUAGUGCCCUCGUUUGGGUGUAGGGUCUGAUCAGAGCCUGAAGGUAAGGAGGUGCCGUUCCCCUCACAGCUCCGUAGGCAAGCACCUUGGUCUUGUAGUAGAUGCAAGCCUCAACUGGAAGCCAGUGGAGUGUGCGGAGGAGCGGGGUGACAUGAGAAGACAACAACUAAUAUGUAAUCUUCAUUUGUGGGACAUGCAAAUCAACUUUGAUGAAAACACGUGCGCAGGGGAUUUUGAUUUGAGGGGGAAAAUCUUGACUGUCCAUGUGUCCAUGUUCAUAUCUACCUGUGUUACUGUAUUUCACAUUUGGCAUUUGAACUGCACGUGAAUCUAAAAUAACCCCGUAAUAACUGUCUAUUUGUGUCCGUGAAUAUACAAGAGGCAUUCAUUGGACCAGUGUGCUGGAGAGCAGCUCCAAGGGCGGUCUGUCCGUUCUACUCCAUCCACAGUCAGGGGUACUCCCAGAGGCCUGAGCCUGCCCAAACUCCACUUCAAAGGUGCUGCAGAGACCACCGUGAAUUUCCUGCUGCAGAAAAAUCACCAGAAGGGUGAGAGUUUAAUGACAGCCCUACAUUAAUAAUCUAUUUUCAUGGUCUGCAAUAGGAGACCAGUUCCCUGGUCAUUGAGCAGUCCAUGUAUUAUAACCCUUACAGCUUUGUGAUUGUAAUAAUAUUUAAUACUAGAAUAUAUAUGCUUUUCUUUUUUCUCUCAGCCUGUCAAUACAGCAGCAAGACUUACUCUCAUGGUGAUGUGUGGCACCCAGUCCUGGGGAAGGUCCUGGAGUGCAUCCUGUGUACCUGUAAGGAUGGCAUACAGGACUGCAAACGCCUCACAUGUCCCAGCCAAUAUCCAUGCCAGCAUCCCAUGAAAACCGAGGGGAAGUGCUGCAAGAUUUGUCCAGGUAGUUCAGCAUGAUUCACAAUGCAAUAAUAAAUAAUAUUUUAACCCUAGGUUUUGACAAAACAAGUUUGCAACAGUAUGUCUUUGAACAAUAUUUUUUAAAUCUCUCUGUUUCUUGCCCCUAGAACUUAAAGCUGAGAGCAACAGGACUGACUGUUACAUGAAUAUGAAUCUUGGACAUGACAAUAACAACCUCUUGGUGUACAAAGUUAAGCCAUCGUCAAAGGUUCACACCGAGGACACAGUUAGGAUAAUUGCUAUUGAAAGACAAGGGACUGCUGAAGUUGAAGUGCAAGUAUGGAAGACAGUAGGAGGUAACUAGGAGGGGGGAGUAUUAGAGGGCACUAGCAUGGCAGUGUUGAUAACAAAGUUACAGCUGUGGAUUACCUAACUAUUCGGAAUAUCACCCAAUUUGUAUUUUCACUUUUCCCAGGAGUUUUACAAUUAAUGGAAACUGGGGAUGUUCUGAAGAAAGACCUUAUCGAUAAUCCAGAUAACUACACUUUACUGGCAACAUUAGAUGAAGGUGAGUUUAUCCUUUGUUUUCUGGUAAUUAAAAGUAGAAUAGUCCUCUAGUUAUAAAUCUUGUAAUCCUUUAGUUUUAUUUUAAGUAGAGCUUUUCUUUGCCAAUAUGAAUUGUUGGGCAAUACAGACAUAUUGUAGACCAAAGGAAAUUUCAUUUAAUUUCAACAGAUAAAAACAAAUACCUGUUUUCCUCUUUGUCAGUGACCAUCUUGUUUCCUGCUGGCGGGAAAAGUUGUUAUGGGUUUGUAUGCUUUUUGUCUACUGUUGGAUGGCAACAUGUCUUUGUUCUUUUUACACAGAGACUUGGAAAAGAUUCAAGGAGGAAGAAGACAAUCAGAAGGAAUUUCCCAAGACCAGGACCUGUGAGGAUGGGAUCAGGGAGGUAGUGAAGUUCUUGUACCCAGACCAGCUGGAAAGCCUGUGCUCAUCU